AUGCUUGAAAAGGCGACGCUCAUCGCCGAGCUCAUCGGCUACAGCGUCGUCUUGAUAUGGGGUGAACUCGCCCAUGCGCUCAACGCGUUCCUCGUCCGCCGCCGCGCCCGCUGGUUCGGCGCCGCGCCCGCCGCCGACCGCACGCGAAACAUCGUCAUCGUCGGCGCCUCCUUCGCCGGCUACCACGUCGCCCGCCUCGUCGCGCGCACUCUGCCGCCCAAGAGCCCAUACCGCGUCGUCGUCGUCGAGCCCAACAGCCACUUCCACUUCACCUGGGUGCUGCCGCGGUUCUGCGUCGUCAAGGGCCACGAGGGCAAGGCCUUUAUCCCGUACGGAGGCUACGUCGCCGGGGCGCCCGACGGUGCGAUCUGGUGGGUGGCGGACCGGGCGACGGGACUCACACGUCAGGUCGUCACUGUCAAGGGCGGCCAGGAUAUCCCCUACGACGUGCUGGUCCUUGCGACGGGGUCGCAGGUCAAGGAGGGACUGCCCUCGCGCGUCAACUGCGCGGACAGGGACGAGGGGAUGCGGCGCAUGCGGGCGAUGCAGGACGGCAUCGCCGCGGCGCGGACCGUCGUCGUCGUGGGCGGGGGAGCGGCCGGCGUCGAGCUCGCCACCGACGCCAAGAACCUCUAUCCCGAGAAGGACAUCACGCUGGUGCACUCGAGGGGCGCCGUGAUGCACCGGUUCGGCGAGGCCCUGCAGGUCGCUGCGCAGGAGGGCCUCGCGAAGCUGGGCGUCGAGGUCAUACUCCAGGACCGCGUCGUCGCCGAGGACGCCGUCGGCAAGACGGUCACCUUGCAGUCUGGACGCACGAUGCCUUGCGACUUUUUUGCAAGUCUUCCCCCUACUCCCCCCUCCUGGUGA